GGUUUUGACUCUGAGUGGGGAAGAAGUAGAGGAAACAGAGAUUGCAGGUUUUGUAGCUGAUCAGCAAACUUUCUUGUCUUCAAAUGUAAAACAUAGUCAAUUGUUACAGGUCACUGGCAGUUCAUGUCGCCUGGUAAAUGAAAGCACAGGCCAGCUUGUAUGUGAGUGGAAACCCCCAGAAGGCCGCAACAUUUCGGUUGUGACUGCAAACAACAAUCAAGUAGUAGCUGCAGCAGGGCAGCACAUCUACUAUCUCACUAUCCAGCCGUCUAACCUCAAACUAGAGGCUUGGACCACAGUGGAGCAUGAGGUGGCUUGCUUAGAUGUGUCUCCUCUGUGGGAGGAAGACAUGGCUUCUGUGGUUGCUGUUGGCCUGUGGACUGACAUUUCAGCGCGUGUGCUUGCUUUACCAUCCCUUGAAGAGAAUGCCAAAGAGUUCCUAGGAGGGGAUAUUAUUCCUCGUUCCAUCCUGAUGACAACGUUUGAGGGCCAUCAUUACCUCCUUUGUGCUAUGGGCGACGGGCAGCUUUUCUACUUUAGUUAUGCACCUGCAACAGGAUACUUAUCAGAUAAAAAGAAGGUUGUCCUCGGUACUCAGCCAACGACUCUAAGACGGUUCCGCUCACUCUCCUCGACAAAUGUUUUUGCCUGCUCUGACCGACCCACAGUCAUAUACUCAUCCAAUCAUAAGCUUGUAUUCUCAAAAGUUAAUUUGAGAGAAGUAACUCACAUGUGUCCUCUUAAUGCUGAGGCUUAUCCAAACAGUUUGGCCUUGGCAACAAGUGAGGGCAUCACUAUUGGUACCAUUGAUGAGAUUCAGAAGUUGCAUAUUCGCACGGUCCCUCUAGGAGAAACUCCACGUCGAAUUGCGUAUCAAGAGGAAACAGAGACAUUUGGGGUGAUUACCAUGCGUGUGGAUGUUACGGAUAGUAAUGGAAUCAGAAGUGGUGGAAUGAGUGCGUCCUUAGGAGCGCACACUACCUCCUCUGCCUCCAACACUUCCAGCCUCCUUAAGCCUCCUGUACAGCCCCCACCAGAGCCUGGCCAGGAAGUGGAAACUCACAAUCUUCUAGUAAUUUCACAAAAUACAUUUGAAGUGCUCCAUUGUCAUAGUUUCCACCCGGGGGAGUAUGGCCUUAGCAUCUGUUCUACCAGACUAAAAGAUGACCCGACUGUUUAUUAUGUAGUUGGAACAGCUCUAGUUAAUCCUGAGGAGUCUGAAUCCAAGCAGGGUCGCAUCAUCCUCUUCUCCUUCACUGAUGGCAAAUUGCAGCAGGUUGCUGAGAAGGAGAUCAAAGGUGCUUGCUAUUCUCUCUGUGAGUUCCAGGGUAAACUUCUAGCUGCAAUCUCUAGUACUGUUCGGCUGUUUGAAUGGACAAAUGAGCGUGAAUUGAGGUUAGAAUGUUCCCACUUUAACAAUGUAGCUGCUUUGUAUUUGAAAACAAAGGGAGACUUCAUACUGGUUGGUGACCUAAUGAGGUCCAUGACGCUCUCUGAAACACUAGAAGGUAGUUUUGAAGAGAUUGCUAGGGACUAUGAUCCCAACUGGAUGACUGCUAUAGAAAUUCUUGAUGAUGAACUAUUUCUUGGAGCUGAACACUCACAUAACCUCUUUGUGUGUCACAAAGAUAGUGCGGCCACUUCUGAUGAGGAACGCCAGCAGAUGCAGGAGGUUGGUCGCUUCCACUUGGGAGACUUUGUAAAUGUUUUCCGUCAUGGGACACUGGUGAUGCAGGGAGUGCCAGAAGCUACAACAGUAACACAAGGCUGUGUUCUUUAUGGGACUGUACAUGGAGCUCUUGGUUUGGUGACUAGUCUGAAUUUAGAACUAUACAACCAACUACUGGAGAUGCAAAAACGUCUAGCAAGAGUUAUUAAAUCGGUUGGAAAGAUUGACCAUGAUUUUUACAGAAGUUUUAGUACUGAACGUAAGACGGACAGAUGUGAAGGCUUCAUUGAUGGAGAUCUUAUAGAAAGUUUCCUUGACCUCAGUCCUGACAAGAUGAAGGAAGUAGCACAAGGACUUUUGAUCAGUGACGGUUCAGGAAUGAAAGUUGAGGCAACCCCGGAGGACUUAAUUAAAACGGUAGAGGAACUUACCAGGAUACACUAAUACAGACUGGAAAUUUUGGAAAAAUGAACUUUAGAACAUAUUAAAGUGAAGAAGUGUUUUUAAUUAUCAUUAACCCCUUUUUCCUUUCUAACAAGGUAUGCAUAUAAGUUUGAUGGCUAUUCAUUUGGAAAAUCAGUGUUUGAUUGUAAUAUAUUACAAAGAAUUGUGUUGGUUAUUUACGUUUUGCUUGUUCCCAUAUAUAAGACUUAUAAUGUUAAAGAUUCUCAAUAUAUUCACGUUGAAUAACAGCAGAUUAUUAUGAUAUCAUAUUUUAAACUUAUAGCGAGCAAGUGUUGCAAAUAGGACUUGUCUUAGCAUAACCACAACCAGUGAACCAAAAUGCAGUUGUACUAGUAAUAACAGACGGAGCGCAAAAUGUGUAUAGGAAUAGAUGAAGGUAAAGAAUUUAUACAUAGCUUGUAGAAUUACUACUUCUUGCUUGAAUCAGGAUGAGUUGGAAUUUGCAUGUGUAUUUUGAUAUAGUAAAUACUGAGUAUAUGUGUACAGGGACAUUUGACUGAGAAGGUUAGGAGAAUGAAAGCUUGGGGAACUCUUUAUUUUUAUAUAUCUGCUAUGGAAUGUGUGGUUUAUUUUUCCAAAUUAUUACGUUAUUAAUUGUUUUUUAAUUCUUUUAAUUAUUAACACAAGAAGAUGUUUGCCUCUUCAUAAAGGGGAGUUUAUCUUUGGUAAUGUGGUGGCUUAAAGCAGGUUUAUUGAUAAGAUAGAAUAAGGAAAAUAUAGUAAGACCAGUGAAUAAAAUUUAAGAAUGAGCUUCUUUUGUUGGUUAUCCCAGAGACGGAAAAUUUUGGAGUACAUUUAUGAACUCAGUAUUUUAGCUGCAUUAAGGUUCAUAUCUAGUUGUGCUAAUGUAAUAGUUGUAUUUCUUAAUGCAGUAAAAACACUCGUUCUCAUGAAGAGAAUUAAAUGAUAAAGAACAUUACUGACAUUUGUUCCAUAGGAAGGCUGUGAAACAAAACAAAAAAAUAAAUUGAGAAAAGCAAGAGCAAAUCAUCAAUACAUAUCUUCAUUUCAGUCGUAAAUUUUGAUGCUUAACCAGUGCUGUGUUUUUGCUAUUUGUGUUACAAAGUUUAUGGGGACCUGAGUGUUUGAAGCAGAAAAGACAAUUGCAGAGCUGUAUCACCAUCACAGUGUAAUUUGGAAACAGUUGCUUAUGGAGCUAGGAAAUGGAAUAAUGAUUUUUUGUACAUCAGAAAGUUACAUUUUAGUGGGAGAUAUCACUGUAUAUCAAACUUAAAUUCACUUGCUCAUGUAAAUUGUCACUAUCUUUCACCUGUAAACUUCAUUUGAUAAUAAAAUUAUUAGAAAAUUAA